AUGCUCCUCCACGGCCUCCUGCUGGCCCUCCAGGCCAUCCUAGCCUCCUCAGCAGCCAUAACUUCUCCAUCCUCAAACCAUCUCUCAACCGCCGCUCGCGAGAAAUGCCAAACAACUCUCCAAUGCCCCCCCGGCACCAUCAUCGUCUCCAACACCAACGCCCACCCUGACAUCUCCAACUUCACCACCCUCCAAGCAGCCAUCAACGCCCUCCCCAACGACAACUCCUCCCAAACCAUCCUCCUCCUCUCCGGCUCCUACAAUGAACAAGUCAACAUCACCCGCGCCGGCCCCAUCACCCUCCUCGGCCAGCAACCAGACCGCGCAGCCCUAACCGACCCAGCCCGCAACACCGUCAACCUCACCUUCGCCGGCGCCAACAGCGACAGCAGCGGCAACAUCGACAACGUCUGGUUCAGCGUCAUGGUCGUUGCCCCGACCCUGGACGCCAGUCUCACCGGCUCCGGGACAACAGGGUACCCAGUACCAGCAGACACCCCGUUCGGGAAUACCAACUUCCGCGUAUACAACAUUGACUUCCGCAAUACCUACGCACCGUACUCUGCUGGUCCAGCGCACGCUAUCAGCUUUAGUCGCUCCAACGGCGGCUUCUACUACUGCGGCUUCUACUCUUACCAGGACACGAUCUACAUCGGCAAACUCGGGUCAGCAUACAUGUACAAAUCCAUCCUCGCGGGCCAAACCGACUUCCUGUACGGCUUCGGUACACUCUUCAUCCAAUCCUCCCAAAUUAUCCUCCGCUCCUGCGGCGGCGGCAUCACAGCCUGGAAGGGCACCAACACGACGGUCCGCAACAACUACGGAGUCUACAUCCACGACUCCACCAUCAACGCCGCGAACUCCUCCAUCGCAGAGCAAAUCCAGGGGUCCUGCGCGCUAGGCAGACCUUGGAACUCGCUGCACCGAUCCAUCUUCGCGAACACAUACGAGGACGGGAGCAUCGAGCCAUCGGGUUACAUCAAUUGGGAGGAUCGGUGGAGUAAGAACGAGACGUUAAUGGCGGAGUAUAGGGCCUAUGGCCCGGGGUUUAAUCUCACAGGCAGGGAGGAGAGUGAGAUGAGUGUAUUGUUGAGUAGCAGUGAAGAGGAGAGGUAUAGGGAUCCCAAGAGGGUGUUUCUAUUUGAGGAUGGGAGGGAGGGGAAUGUGGCGUGGAUUGAUUGGGAUGUUGUAUCCUCUUGA